UUCAAAAAUCACAUUCAUAGCAAGCGGAAGCCAAAAGACCUCCCUAAGGAAUCUUUACAUCUACCUGUCUGUUUUUACGAUACCAUUGACCCAUCUAAUAAUUUUUACCCCUUCACUACUAGCCCUUCCCUCGACUUUCCAAGCUCGCCCAGAUCGACAUGGGAUCAACUAAGUUCGAUGUUAUCAUCCUCGGUAGUGGCACCUCCAGCCAAGUGCCUGUGAUUAGCUGCUUGGUCGCAAAGCCCCCGAGUAAAGGUUGUGAAUGCUGUCUUUCUACUUUGGCCGCCGAUGGCUCAGGUCGAAAAAAUGUUCGUCGAAAUACGAGUGCCAUCGUGCGAUUCCAGUCCAAUCAAAACCCAGAGAGGCCAUCAACGAUCCUCAUCGAUGUCGGGAAAAGCUUCUGUGAAGCAGCAAGGGAACAUUUCCCUAAGCAUGGCCUUGACAUAAUUGACGCAGUAUUCCUGACCCAUCCCCACGCAGACGCCAUCAAUGGUUUGGAUGAUCUACGAGCUUGGACUCUAGGUGCCGUGAUUCAAGCAACAAUUCCAAUUUAUUGCAAUCAAACCACAUUCGAUGAAGUUGCAAAGAUCUUUCCGUACAUGGUUAACCCUGGUGGCGGAACUGGAGGCGGAGAUGUUCCAGCGUUCCAGUGGCACAUAAUUGAAAGCGACAUCCCCUUCGAGUUGUUGGGAGUUCAGGUUUCCCCCCUCAAGGUCCAUCAUGGAUGUUACUUUAACACCUCUGGUCACCCUUCGAGUCCAUACGAGUGCUUGGCAUUUCUUUUCGACCAGACGUUUUGCUACAUGUCCGAUGUUUCAUCGAUCCCAGAGUCAACUUGGACCGCACUUGGUUGUCCACCUAAUGCUCCCACAAUUAGGCGGUCGAUGUCCAAUCUUACUACGAAAAGUUUCGACUCUGAUAAUCCAUCGGUCUCUACAACCUCUUCGAGAUUGGGCUCGUUACAUUCUUCGGCUUCCUCAGUGUCCGACUGCGAAGGCCCCCCCGCAGGAUUACCCCUGCUCAUUGUCGACACCAUGCGCCUGAAACCUCAUAUCUCGCACUUUGGAAUAGCGGACGCGGUUGAAACCGCAGUGAAGCUCAGGGCGCACCGAACUUACAUCCUUGGAUUUACCCAUGGUGUCACGCACGAGUGCUGGCAAGCUGCAUGCGAGCUCAUUAGUGAUACCAGCAAUACGGCAAACCAAUCAGCUAUGAAUUCAUCCCCUGACUUAGAAGAUGCCACUGAUCAUGGAGAUGAUCCCCGAAGAUUCUCACAACAGGCGCUUGCAUUGUGCAAAGACCACAUCCGAGAAACACCCCUUUGGAUUAGGCCAGCAUUUGACGGGCUUGUAAUUACGACUGAUGGUGUUAAAACUGAGGACAAUUUCCAUACUUGAUUGAUAGCUUUGUCAGCUUUCCCUAAUCUGAUUUAGCAG